GAUUGCGAAGUAUGAUGUCCUUGGAGCCCCCUAGCCUUUUGACACCGUAAAUACAGAGAGAAAGUUCUACCGCCAGGUUUCUUUUAAGGUCUACCCUGGACAAAAGCGGAGGGCCGUUCUUUAGGAGAAGACGACAAGCUCCGACCCUCCGUCAAAAAAUAUAGGAGGGAAAGGAAGGAAACCAAACGGAAAAGAGAAGAGGAAGAGGAGGAGGAGGAGAGGCAAAUUUUAGGACACAAGAAUCUUUCCUUCUAAAAAAAAGCAGAGAAGGCGGAAAGGUCUCCGGCCUUUUUAAUCCACUUCCAAAAAAAGAACUUCACUACCCUCGAUCUGUUUCAUUGCACCAUUGAGUACAAUUUGGAAGUGGAACCCUUCCUUUUCUUCUCUCUCGUAUCUCUAGAGGGAAGAAGGGAAGAAAGGAAUAGCUCCGGAAGUGUCCGAAAAUCUCUGCUUUUCACUCCAAAGAUUCGAUCUUUUUAGCUCUGGAUGGUAGUUUAGGUGGGCGGGAGCUGCUGACGGACAGCAGAUGGUGGAGCGGCGCCGCAAUGGAGGCGGGGAAGUGAGAGAGCAGGAGAGUUCGAAGUCUGGCUUCCUAAGAUCCAUCAUGGACUUAGGAAGUUUGAUCUGAGUUGAUAUGGGUGGAGUUUGGGAUCGAAUUUGGACCUUGCUGUUGAGAGAAGAAGAAUAGGAGGCUCUUUUGCUUUGUUGUUCUCUGCCAGCUUCAUGAUGACGGGCAAGCGAUCCUAUAAGCUGCAGGAGUUUGUGGCUCAUGAUUCCAAUGUGAAUUGCCUCAAGAUUGGGAGGAAGACUUCGAGGGUUCUUGUCACUGGUGGAGAAGAUCACAAGGUCAAUCUCUGGGCUAUUGGCAAACCAAAUACCAUACUGAGCCUGUCGGGCCAUACAAGUGCAGUUGAGUCUGUGAGUUUAGAUUCUUCUGAGGUUUUGUUGGCUGCUGGAGCAGCCAGUGGCACAAUAAAGCUGUGGGAUUUAGGAGAGGCAAAGGUUGUUCGCACUCUCACUGGGCAUAGGUCCAAUUGUAUAUCUAUUGAUUUUCAUCCAUUUGGAGAAUUCAUUGCAUCUGGAUCGUCGGAUACGAACCUAAAGAUAUGGGAUAUCCGAAGGAAGGGUUGCAUCCACACGUACAAAGGGCACACCCGAGGGGUCAAUUCCAUUAGAUUCACCCCAGAUGGCCGAUGGCUUGUUUCAGGUGGAGAAGAUAAUAUUGUGAAGCUCUGGGAUCUGACAGCUGGGAAGCUCUUGCAUGAUUUUAAAUGCCAUGAGGGUCAAAUUCAGUGCAUAGAUUUCCAUCCUCAUGAAUUUCUUUUGGCAACAGGUUCAGCUGACAAGACGGUUAAAUUUUGGGACCUUGAAACUUUUGAGAUGAUUGGGUCAUCAGUACCUGAGACCAGCAGUGUGCAUUCCAUGACUUUUAACCCUGAUGGGAGAACACUAUUUUGCGGAUUGCAUGAAAGCCUGAAAGUUUUAUCAUGGGAACCUAUAAGAUGUCAUGAUGUAGUGGAUGGGGGAUGGUCUAGAUUAUCUGAUCUGAAUGUCCAUGAGGGCAAACUUAUUGGAUGCUCUUAUAACCAAAGUUGUGUUGGAGUAUGGGUUGCUGACAUCUCGCGCAUUGAACCAUAUGCAAGGAGUAGUGCUGCUAGAUCAAAUGGCCAUUCAGGAUCAGAAUCCAAUGCUGGUAGUAUUCAGUCCCUGAAAACUAUCAGCAGUAUCAAGACCGCCAUGGGAAGGUCAUCUGCUUCACAAACUUCAGUAAACAGUAUCAAGACCAGUACUGGAAGGUUAUCUGUUUCACAAAAUUCACAAACUAUAGCUGAGGAGACUAAACCUUUAACUUCUACUGGAACUGUCCCUGGUACUCCCCACAGAACUGGAUUAAGCUCAGUUCUGAAAAUGACUGCAGCAAAUUCAGCCACAACACCGGAUGCAACAGUGUUAAAGAGAAGUUCAUCAAAGUCCCAUGGAACAACCAAUCUUCAGACCCUUAACAAGUCUGAUCUGGUACCUGUAAUUGUCCCCAGCACUAGCUCAAGAGCAGAUCUGGCUGCUGACUCUAGAAAGGAAACAAAUGAUGUGAUUCCUGUUGUUGUGCCCAAAACCAGCUCAAGAGUGGAUUUGGCUCCUGAUCCUAGAAAAGACACUGGCAAUGUGGCACCUGUUAUCAUCCCAAGCACUAGCUCAAGAUUGGAUUACGGUACUGAUUUUAGAAGGCAAACUGGAACUGGAAGAGCACUGACAUUUAGCAUUCAAUCACAGGCAACUGAUUUACAAAAAUUGUCAAAUAAAAGAGAUGAUUCAGAGGGAACAAAUAUAAGAUUCCAAUCUGGAUCCAUGGGCAAUAAGAGCAUAGAAUUAAUUGAAACUGUAGACUGCAAUCUCCUUUCUGCUGUCAAUGGCUUUGAUCAAACAUCUGCUGGCAAAAGGAACCUAGAAGAUGUUCAAAUAGUCAGGGCUGGGAAAUCUGGAGAAAACCUAUCAGCAGAGCCAAAUCCUAGUUACUCAUUUCAAACUUACGAUCCUAGAGUAAUUAAACAAAGGGAUGCAAGCUCUACGGAAGUUCUGAAAGGAGGAAGAAGACGAUCGCUUGUUGCGAGUUGGGAAAGGAGGGAACAUUCUCCUAAUUAUGAAGGUCCAAAAUCCAGUAAUUCCUUGGAAAACAUGUCUGCUUCUAGCAUCAGUUUUACUUCGAGAGGAUGCCUUUCAUCAGCUCGACAGGAAACAUUAUCUGCUAGUGAUGAGGAUGCUAUUGCUGAUUUGAUGGAAUGGCACAAACAAUUCCUAACCUCUGCACAGUCACGGUUAACAAAAUUACAGGUAGUUUGUCAGCUUUGGGACAGAAAUGAUGUCAAAGGUGUCAUUAAUGCAAUGGAGAAGAUGUCUGAUCAUGCUGUCUCUGCUGAUUUAGUCAGCAUUCUGAUGGAAAUGUCUGAUGCCAUUACGUUGGAUCUUUGUACAUAUCUCCUACCACUCCUCACAGGUCUUUUGGAGAGCAAAAUUGAUAGACACACAAGCAUUUCUUUGGAGAUGCUGCUAAAGCUUAUCAAAAUCUUCGGUCCUGUAAUCCACUCAGCUCUAUCAGCUGUUCCAUCUGUUGGUGUUGAUCUUCAAGUAGAGGAAAGGCUGGAAAAGUGCAAAACAUGUUUUAUUGAGUUUGAAAAGGUCAAACGGAUUCUCCCUUCUCUCACAAGGAGAGGAGGGUCUAUUGCAAGAUCUGCACAGGAGCUGAACCUUCUCUUAAAGGGCUCUGACUGACGUAUAUAUGUGGAUAGAUAGAUGGAUAUGAUGCACAUUCUUUUGCUCCCUCGACCACCACACUGUAAAGAUUACCACCAUUUGCGAGGCCUUUUACUUGCAACAGGGGUACAUUUCCCGAUGUGUCAGCUGACAACCUUCAGCUACGAAUCCAAGAACAGAAGGCCAUGGAAGUUGAGGAUGUCCUACCUAUUAAUGGUAGCAGCACAGCUAGAAGGACAAACCUUGGAAGGGCACAUCACAGCCACGAAAGGAUUUGUUUGAUCUAACUUGUAAAAUGCUUCCUGCUAGUGGCUUACGAUUUGAUAUUUAAAGCAUUUGUUGUAUAGAGGUUUAUAACUAUUUGUUUGCGUUAGAGCAUGUGUUUGGUCGUUGGACCGUCCAUUAUACGGUCUGGCAAAAAAUAGAUCGUGCCUGGCAUGAUUCAUUAGUUACAGUAACAGAUCAUGACAGACAUGGCCCAUUAGAAAGGAUCAGACUGGAUUGAAGAUUUAUGACUUGCGGUGUAGACUCGGCAUGGCCCAUAAAGGCUAGAAGGUCCGGCGCCCAUAAGGGCCUAGAUUGGCACAGCCCGUGGGUCAGACACGGUUCGGUCCAGGCUCAGUCCAGGUCCAUUCCGGUCCGUGUAGAAAUUUUUUUUGUAAAAAUAUAUGUGAGAUUUUUUUGUAAAAACAAAAAAUUAUUUUGUAAUGGUGAAGAGUUUGGCGUGGAUCCC